GUCAGUCAAACGAAUCAAACAUCAAACCGUCAAACCCGAGUUCAACCUUACGGUAGCCCUCUGUCAAAAAUAGUGAUAGCGUUUUCUCUGGACAUUUUGAUAACUUUAUUCAAGUUUGUGUCACCUUGCUGCUUUGACAUCCACAGUCCACCUGAGUCGGUAACAUUCUAGUUUGCGUGUCUGAAUUCCCUUUGGAUUUCUCUCGUAUCCGGGCGGUGUGGCUGUGAUGUCGGGGACGGCGAUGGCACAGGAGGGCACCAAGCACGUCUACCACUCGAUAGCGCUGGAGCCGGCCGGCGCCGUCACCGUGCCGGACGGGUCGCGCUGCUGCUCCGGCGGCCGCAAGGUGCUCACCCUGCUGCUGGCCUCGGCGCUGCUCUGGGUCAUCGUGCUGGACAUCAUGCUGGUCGUCUACCGCUCUCACCACAUCAGCGGCGGCUCCUCGAUAAACGUCCCCUCGGAGACACCGCUGGCCGGCCGACUGCUGAUCCUCGGAGCGCCCGCAGCGCCACCUACCAACGUCAGCCUCCCAACACAGUCACUAGAGGCGCUGCCAUCGCUGAACGCCACCGAGGCCGGCUCCGACCGGCGGCAGAGCGCCGGAACGCCGGGGGAGAGCGUCGGAGCGCCGGGGCAGAGCGCCGGAGCGCCGGGGGAGAGCGCCGGAGCGCCGGGGGAGAGCGCCGUUAGCAGCCGGGAGCCCGCCGUCCCGUCCAAACCAGGCCGCAGCGCCGACCCGCCGCCGCCGGCCAUCGGAGGACUGGAGGGGUGGCUCUCCCGACUACGUCACCGGUCCGACCGCGCCCUGAUGACGUCACUGGACCACCGGCCGCGCUGGCCUCCGAGAGCGCCGCCACUGCCGGCACCAAACGCUGAGCGCCGCCAGGACGGCCCGCCGCCGCCGCCGCUCCCCGCCGGGGGCCCGCCGCCGCUCCCCGCCGGGGGCCCGCCGCCGCUCCCCGCCGGGGGCCCGCCGCCGCCGUCAGCCGGCCGGCCCGGUGUCCGUGGCCGACCGCCGCUGCCGGAGACCGGACUUCUGCUGCGCUUCUUCAGCGCUGUCAUGGACGCGCCCUGGAACCUGACGUCGGGCGGCGGCCCGAGCCGGCUGCCACCGCCGCUGCCGGGCCGGUUCAUGGGCGGACCGCCGGGCCGGUUCAUGGGCGGACCGCCGGGCCGGUUCAUGGGCGGACCGCCCGGCCGGUUCAUGGAGCCGCCGUUCCGUCCGAACCGGAUCCCUGUCAUCCACAUGGACGACGACCAGGACUCGGAGGACACCAUUCUGGACAUUGACAUCACCGAGUGACGUCACACCGGGUGUCGCCCAGUGUGACGUCACACUGCAGAGCUGAGCCUCCCUGAGUAGGAAGCGGGCGGACCGAUGUAUGACGUCACGUCAGCUGGCCGGCGCCGGUGCCCGCACCACUGCACUGGCCUCCAGCGGCGGCGAGCCGGCACUGCGCGGCCGGGCGGCCGGAGCUGCCCCGGCACCAGGCGCCCCGAGCAGCUGCCGGCGCCCCGAGCAGCUGCCGGCGCCCCCAGCAGCUGACGGCGCCCCAAGCAGCUGCCGGCGCCCCCGAGCAGCUGCCGGCGCCCCCAGCAGCUGCCGGCGCCCCGAGCAGCUGCCGCUUCAAUACCGAGCGCAGACGAGCCGACGUCCCGACCCGGGCCGCGCCAGCUGUUAUAUGACACAGAUGAACGCCCAAACUGCCGACCGCGCCGACUGCUGUAAUGGCUGUUAAACGAAGAUAUUGAAAUAAAACGUCGGAACGGA